GCGGUGUCUUGCUCCGUUCGGUUGCCAUGGGCCUUGGAUAUCUGCUCCCCUUGGCUCUGCUGGUGGCUUCACAAGCCAGCUUCAAUGACGACGAGUGCGAUUCACUGGAUGGCAGAGAUGAAGACUGUGCUCUGCAUGUGUUGCAAAAGGCCACGAGGCUCAGAAAAAUUGAGCCUUUUGAAGGUCCUGUAAGACUCGGUCGUGAGGCCGAUGUAGAUGCCGCACCUGCCGUGACUGAUUGGCUGGGAAGCCAGGAGCAGAUGUUGGGAUCUGAUGCAGAGCCUCUGUUGGGAGCCUCCGCUGAAAUCAGCUACUCCCCGCCCAGUUCGCCCACAAGCGAUUUGAAGGUGCUCAAGAAAGGUAAUGGCCUUGCUCCACCAAGCAAAGCAACACAAUACAACGGAGUGGCUUGGCCCGAGAUGGUCUUCCCUGGCACAGGUGAGAUGCAUGUUUUCACCAUCGGCGACUGGGGUGGACUGCUCUGGGAGCAAUAUGGUGAUGGUGGCACCGGCUUGCACGUUUUCCCCUUUAUCAGGCCAUCAUGCAGCAUCAACGACAUGAAGCAGUGCUUCAAUGAGACUGGCGAUGCAAGCGGCCCUUGCAAUGAGGCCUGUGGCUAUGUGCCUGGGGUCGACAACCAGGCUCAAGUGGUCGUUGCGGAGCAGAUGAAGCAACGCGCUGCAAAGACUGGAGUUCAAUACUUCCUGAACGUGGGUGACAACUUCUACCCGCAGGGGAUGAACACUGGAUGUGGCAGCCCCAUGGACCAAAUCAAGGAGGCCACCAAGGUGCAAUUCACCAAGGCCUUCAACUGGGUCUAUUCUGGACCUUUGAAUGGAAAAGUUUGGUUGUCGGUCCUUGGCAACCACGAUUAUGGUGCUCGGCAGUUCAACUAUGCCUGGGACCAGCAGGUGGCCUUCACCUGGGCCAGUGAUCGGUGGGUUAUGCCAGCCCUCUACUUCAGUCAGCACGUUCGAUAUCCAGAUUUGGGAUUUGAUGUAGACAUCUUCAUGCUGGAUUCAAACGUGAUGGAUGCCCAUGGUCUUGAUGACCGGCCAGGCUCCAACCUUUGUCAUCGAAGAUUCAAUGCUCAGGCCGACUGUUCAGCUACUGGGGGGCCGCCCUCGGUCGAAGAAUGCGCGGCCUGGUUUGGAGAUCUUUGGGGAAGGCAAGCCACCUGGAUGGAGGAGAAACUUAACGCUUCCACAGCCAGCUGGCAGAUUGCUGUCACCCACUUCCCUUGUGGUCACAAGCUCCCUUGGUACUCCAAGCUGCGUUCCAACGGGUUGGACCUUCUCGUCACCGGACAUAUCCACGAGCAGCAACUUCAGUUCCUGCCUGGGCAACUGACCUGCCUGGUCACGGGAGGAGGUGGCGGAAUCACAUCUGAAAGGAGCCCACAAGGGGAUGACAGCCGAGAGUAUGGUUUCUUUGACCUGACGCUCUCGAAAUCUACAAUCAAGGUGGAAUUGGUGAACCACCUUGGAAAUGUGGUGUUGACACAUUCCAUCCCACCCUUUGCGGGCAAGCCACUACAAGGAGCGGUCGUGCCGGAUGCCCCAAAAAGUGAGCCACAACCUGCCGCUGAGCAGAGAAGUGGAGUAGCGGCUGCCUGUAGCAGCAAUCCUCAAUGUGCUGGCUUGAACGGUGACUGCUGUCCAACACCUGGAGGAACUAUGUUGGGCUGCUGUGAACAACCCUGAUUUCCAUGGAUACUCUUGAGAUCUUUUGAGCUUAGUUUUUGAGCUUAGUUGAGCUUUCUCGCUGGUGAUAAUGCAUGUGGCUACGAUCCAGUUCCAUUUGAUUCUGGAGAGAUUCCCCUGUGCCAGUCCUAGUCAACUUAGUGACCCAGCUGACAAAGCGAAUCACACGGAUUCGCAGAAAAAAGGUGCUAUCCAAGUGAGCGUCCUUGUCAUGGCAUUGAAAUGGAAUGGCCGUUUGCCAUAUUUUUCGAUUAGAUUUCCCUAAUCUUUCAGGGAAUCCAAUGCAAUGCUGGUGUAGCCGCAGCGAAUCCAGCACAAUGCAAGUGGGUGGCUUUAGAGUGUGUCGAACAUUCCUUUGCAGUUUCC